UUUUAUCUCGAGUGAACAUUUUCACGCCGGCCUUUUGAAUGGUUCCUCUUCAAUAUGCAGCGAAGUUUUCAUUGACGCUCUUUUUCUAAAAUAUUCAGUGGUAUUUUCAUCUUGGUGAAGUAGGAUUUCAUUGACCACACCAUCAGCAUAGUCUUCUACAAAGACUUAACUUUAAUAAUUCAAUGGGAAUUCGGGUACGUGAUUAAAGCGGAAACCUGUGUGUAAUGUAGUUUACGUUCAGUUUGGUAUAAAAAGACGUUCUCAACACUUUGCUAAAAGGCCCCACUGUUGAAGAAGCAGACGAGUAUUGAAAUUGUCUUCUAUAAAAUGGACGGCAAACAUCACAGAUCGCGGAAACCUAUGAUGAUGGGAGAUUUUCAGACCCGGAACCUUCAGCCCAAGAAGAACCCGAUCAGUGACGAUUACCGAAUUACGGGGAGUGUGUUGGGUUUAGGAAUCAAUGGAAAAGUGGUAGAAUGUUUCAGUAAAACGACCAAUAGGAAAUGUGCUUUAAAGGUUCUAAGGGAUAUCCCAAAAGCACGACGAGAAGUUGACCUUCACUGGAGGGCGUCCGGUUGCCGUCAUAUUGUGGCCAUAUUAGAUGUGUACGAGAAUGUGUACAGUGGUCAGAAAUGUCUACUGGUCGUUAUGGAAUGCAUGGAGGGAGGUGAAUUGUUCAACAGAAUUCAGGAACGAGCAGAUUCAGCAUUCACAGAAAGAGAGGCAGCUUCAGUCAUCUCAGACAUUGCCAAAGCCAUUCAUUUUCUUCACUCUGUCAACAUUGCCCACAGAGAUCUAAAGCCUGAGAAUCUUCUCUAUACAAAGAAAGGACCAGACGGGGUCCUGAAACUCACAGAUUUUGGCUUUGCCAAAGAGAUUAACUCAAUUAAAAGUCUUCAGACGCCGUGUUACACCCCAUAUUACGUGGCGCCUGAGGUGUUAGGUCCAGAGAAAUAUGACAAAUCCUGUGAUAUGUGGUCUCUAGGUGUAAUAAUGUAUAUAUUAUUAUGUGGAUACCCACCUUUCUACAGUAAUCAUGGGGCAGCUAUUUCACCGGGAAUGAAAAAAAGAAUUAGAAAUGGACAAUAUGAAUUUCCCAAUCCUGAAUGGAGCAAAGUUUCAAAAGACGCAAAAGAUUUAAUACGAGGUCUACUGAAGACAGUUCCGGAGGAGAGGUUGUCUAUAGAAGACGUGAUGAGGAACAAAUGGGUCUCAGACAAUAUGAUAGUUCCUCAGACUCCAUUGUUCUCGGCCAAAAUUCUACAAGAAGACAAAGAUAUGUGGCUGGAUGUUCAGGAGGAGAUGACAAAUGCACUAGCCACAAUGCGAGUUGACUACGAACAGUGUCAGAUCAAGAACUUAGAGGACUCGGAUAAUCCAAUACUGAAAAAACGCAGGCAGCAACGACAAGAAGGGGACCAGCCAAUGGAAUUCAAAUCAUAGAACAGCAGCAUAGAACUACAACUCAGUUGAUUGGUUAAUCAAGUCUUAUCAUGUGACAAUAAAUAGACCUACAUGUAGGAGACAUUCCAUUCAUGUUUACUCACUGUUUAUCUGAAUCAAAUGCAUUUUCGUUAGAGACAAAUGUUUAUUUUGUUGCUAAACUUUGAUAUUCAAGUUGGAAUUUAUCCCCACCUUUUAUGUAAGUUGACUAAUUUUAUGUACAUGCAGCAUUUGGUGCCUGGUGCAUGCCCUUGUAUUUUCAAGCUCCAAAUUUUUUUAAUGACAAAUUUUUAAAGAAAAAUAUGAUACAGAGAAAUUUGAUGCAAAAUACAUUGUGGUACAUGUUUAUCUCAUUUAAACUGGUACUCCAUUUAAACUGGUACUCGAUUUCAAACAAUCAAUCGAUGAAAGGUGCAUGUACUUUUAUUACACUCGGUUAGUUUGCUGUAUCUUUUCAUUAUUGAAGUGGAGAAAUACUUUUUGUACUUGUAGGAUUUUGCUUUCCUACAAAAACUUUAGACAUUGUGUAAUUCAGUGUGUUUUCAGUAGUUGCAAGCAACUCUUAAUUUCAUUCUUUUCUAUACAACCCCUACAUUAGUUAGUGAUGGCGGUUUUUUUUUUUUUUUUUAUUAUUUCUGUUAUGUUUUAUCCCAUCUUGGGAAAAAUAUUUGCUCUGUAGUAACAUGAAAGAAAUAUUGAACUCAGUUGUGCAUGUACCAUGUGUAUAUAUAUAAAUUAUCUAUUACCAUGAUGAACAGUAGUCAAGUUAAAACGGUCAAUGAACGUAGAUAAAAUUCAAAUUCCUGUGGAGAGAUGAUUUUCCAGCAAUUUCGAGUGAUGGACAACCACUAGCAACACGUAAUGGUCAUAUCAGAUUUUGUCCAUUGAGUGGACAUUGCAGAUCCUGUAUAUCAGAUUUUGUCCAUUGAGUGGACAUUGCAGAUCCUGUAAUAGAGUGAGCAUAUUCAUUUUUGCAUAGAGGAGACAUAUUUUACUUUUGUUAUGAAUUUUUGCUGAUUUUUAUGUAAGCUUUUUGUUGUCCAUAUAAAUAUUGUGAAAAAUUCUAUAUGUUAAAUUUUACCCAUUGUGUUGUGUUUUGUAUUUCAUGUUAUGAUUUUAAAUCAUUCUUUGUUGUCUCAUUUCAUCUUGGAAGGGGGGGUGUUAUGUUAAAUUUUCUGUAUAUGUGUUAAUGAGUCCUUCAUUUCUUUUCACACAGUGCCUUGUCUUGCAAUGUUUCCUUUGGUUAGUCCCUGUUUACAGAAUACUGUAAAGACAUUUAUUUUCGUGGGGCCGUUCAUGGUCCCGGACAAACAGCAAUGUUCAUGGGGAUUUUAUUUUUAGGUUUAGAAAGUUUCUAUUCGGUUCUCAUGUUGAAAGAUUUAGGAAAAUUAAAUCCCCACGAAAAGUUUUUAUCUUGUAGUAAUGGUUUAUACAAAUGUACUUGAUUAUUUUUGUCCAUCUACAGAAUUGUAGAAUGAAAAAUAUUUAAAUAAUUAUAAAGUAAUGGUUAAAGUCACAGGAAAAUGUCAGUUUCAUGUCAAAUACUCUAUUCAAUACAAAGAAGAUAAAGACAUGAGUUAUGCUUUUGGAAGGAGCUGUAAUUGUAAUGGCUAUAAGUAAAACAGACCUUAUUUAGUAUUUAUUCUGUCUUACUUAAAACAAAAAUUUGUUCUUUUCAGGGUUGAAACAUUUCUUUACAAAUUGCAAAUCCCAUGUAAGUCAUGGAAAAAUUAAUGUUUUAGUAUUAGGACAUCUGAGCUAUUAUUCAAGAUUAAAAUAAAGAAACUCUGUAAAAAUUACGUUGCACUUUCAAUCAAAACAAACUUGUAAACUCACUGAUAGUUAAGCCUGCGUAACCUAAGACCUGUGUAUUCCGUUUUACUGUGAAUUUCAACCGUAUUUCCAUUCUUUAUUGUACUGCAAUCACACACACUGUCUAAUCUGAGACAGUAUUUGUUUCCCCCCGAACGUAUUGGCUUAGAUAUACAUGUAUUUCACUGUAAGUUUCUUUGUGAAGAUUUAUGUGCAAGUUGCUUUUUAAAGGGGACUGUAAUGACAACCCAUAUAUCAACCCUCUCAAUGACUGUCACGAACAGGGGAGAUAAUUUAUAUAGUUUAGAUAUAUUAAUUUUGUUAUCUGUAUAUCCAUGCGCUUCAUUUUGGUUGCUCUUUGUUCAUAAAUGAAUAUACUGUACAUGUAAAGUAUUGCUAUUUAAACAAACUGUCCAGUGAAUUUAUCUAAAGACAUUUGGUUCAUUUUAGAGAUGUCUGUACAAGUGUGUUUUAGGAUUCCUUGAUCCAGUUACACAGAAGUUGAUCAUAUUUUGAACAGUCAGUUAAUGAUGUAUAAAUGUAAGAGUUCAUAGCUAAUUAACUGUCAGUUAGAUUUAACUUUAUUUAUAAAUAACUGGGUCCUUGAUUUUCUGGGUGAAUUUUAUGCUCAUUGCAAAUACAAUCUCAGUAAUAUAAAAAAAAAAACUAUGCACAAGGAUUUCAACAUCAGGCAUCAGUUUAAACGAUUUUGAUUUUUAGAUAAACUCCAUUCCUUACGUCAGAAUAUGUCUUUCCCAUUUUAAUGUGACAUAUCAUGAUAUAUUGUGUGAUCGUUGAACAGAGAUACCGGUAUUUGGGAUAUAGAAAAUAACGUGCAUGUAUAUACAUGCACAUGUGUUUUCAUGAACAUGUGAAGUACAUGAUGUGGGUGAAUAAUUGAUUUCAGCUGGUACUUUUUAGAACAUGGUAUUAAGUACAUGUGUACCAAUGGUAAUCAGAUGAUACAACCCCAUAGAACAAAUCAUAUGAAGGUCAUACAUCGUAUCCUAUAUACAUGUAAAUAUCACUCAUUAUAUGCACCCCUGUAACAAUUCGGAUUGCCAUUUGAUACAUGUACAUGUAUGUUGUGUUUAGAUUUUCAUUUUUCAUUCACAAAUCUUUUCAUUUAUUUCUACGUCACACAAGACUUGAUAAGUAUACACCAGGGAAUUGUACAUUGUUUUGUAUUUAGAUUUAAAUACGAUCAAAAAAUUGAUACUUUUAAGUUUGUGGUUUAAACUUUAUUGUUAUAUUUUUUUCUUUACAAGGAAUGAAUUGUCACCUACCGUCUUUUAAUAGUAAAAGAGUAAUUAAAAAAUGUUACUGUUUAGUUAAUUAAGAACUUUACAGCUGGUGAAAAUAAAACAACAUAAUUGUUAGUUUUAAUCUUUGAAAAAGAGACCAAAAAAAUAAUAAAUUGAUGACUCUCUG